UGAAUCUACAGAUCGAGAAGGAGAUCCUUCAUAAAAAAAAAGUGAAUCCCUAGUAAGUUAAGGAUUUCAUGAUCUCACAACUUGUUAGUAGCUAUGUAACUCCAGCACAGUUUUCUCCAAGCCACAUCUCUUAACUUUUGGUCGGGUCCCUUGUAGGUUGCUAUCCCAGAAAUUGUUUGGCACCAGUCUUCCGUGUGAAGUAUAAUCCCAACCAGCCCCAAGUUCUUGGUGAUGAGUUGGAAGACAAACCCAUGUGAUACUUCAAAUGCAUAUGUCUCCUAGAUAUCCUCCAUUGCCUCACACUCGUGACCACUCACUCUCAUUUAGAGAUUUCCCACCCCAACUUUAAUCUAUAUAUACACACGCAUGUUAUUCCAUAGCCAAAUCAAGUCCUCUUAUUCUCUAGCAAAUAUUUAUCAACUUUUUUUCUCCCUCCCAAUCCGUUUGUGAAUUUCAACCUUGUCUAAAGUGAACAUCUAAAUGGCCACUCGAGUUCUGGCUAUGAUGCAUGUUAAGCAGCUUCUCCGCCUGCCUGUCUUAAGUGGUAAAGAAGCAGCUCCAAAAGCUAAAAAUGUUCCAAAAGGCUGCUUUGCAGUGUAUGUUGGAGAGGACGAGAAGAAGCGAUUCAUUCUACCAAUAUCAUACCUCAAUGAACCUUCAUUCCAGAAAUUGCUAAAUAAGGCUGAGGAAGAAUUUGGGUUCAAUCAUUCAAUGGGUGGUCUAACAAUUCCCUGCAGAGAAGAGGUCUUUAUUGACCUCACUUCUGGCCUAAACCGAUUGUAGCCUCAUGCACAGUUACUUCUCUUUUAGGGGAAGUAUUGGGUGGCUAAUGUACAUCCGAUUGAGAAAAUCACAAAACAGAAAGUACUGUAGUAUCUGAAAAAUAUUUCCACUGUCCACAUGCAUUGGACUGUUCAGGCUUAAAAGAUUUUCA